CGAUAUUCUUCAUCUGUGAUUCAAGGUUCGGUGUUGAUAGGGUUGCCAUGUGUGUGCCACACAACCUCUUCAUUUUCUAUCCUUUGAAAAAAUAAUUGGAAAGUAAGACAUAUUCAAAACCAAGUGAAGAUUCUACCCCAAAAUAAAAUCAAGUGAAGACCACUAAAAUUGAAUUUGAAGCUCGAUCUAAAUCGUGGUCUCAAUAUCCUAAGUCUGUAAAUGUCCGCCAACUCCUAUUCACACAUGAACACCCCUGGCUUGAGGCCAAGAUUUUAAAUAUCUUGAGUUUUUUAGUUGGUAAGUUGAAAAGCUCGUUUGACACACUCGAUGAACUUGAUAGAAAGCUCAUUUUAAUGGUAUGAGACGUGCAUGAGUUGGAGAUAGUUCAAAUGACUUUGUAGUGUGUAUUUAUACUCCAUACGUUAAUAUAAAGGAGACUAAAGUCAUCUUUUGGUACUUUGAGCAAGCUUGUAUGAUCUUAUGAGGAGCUCAAUGAAAUUUUCUACUAGGAAGGUGCAAAAGUCAUUUUUUGAAUAGCUAAACUGCUAUUUACUGUAACUAGUUGUAAUUCAUUCCAAUCAACUGAGAGUUUAGAGUUGGAUAACAAAAUAAUUUAGUUCAAUAACAACGAGUAAUAUUUUAAAAGGAAUAAGUAUUAGCAACUCAUUAGCAUAUAGCAACUACGUCAUUAUAUGAAGGAGGAAAAUGUUAACAAUAUAAUCUGUGUUAGAUAGUUUCAUUUGGUGCUUUAAUUUAGCUUGAUUUUUAUAUUUGACCCCAAAUUUGUAUGGAUAAUCUAAUCAUAACAUACUUAUCGACCAUAAUAUAUAAUAUAGAUUGUUACCAAAUAGAUAGAUAUGUAGUACAUAAAUAUUAUGAAAAGUUUGCGUUCGUAAUUUAACGUGGUCAAAGUAGAAACCAAAAAACCAAUUGAUUGAUCGAUAUACAUCAUUUUAUUGUAUUUUUAGUUUUCUACAACAGUAUAAUAAGGAUUUAUUUAUCUUUUGGAAAAUUCAAAUUAGCUACAAAAUAGUGGGUGAAAAAUCAAAAUUAUUCAUCUCCCAUCAUCAAUCGACAAUCAGUCUUCCUCUUCAUUCAUUCAUUAUCAUCUUCUUCAAUCAUCCGUCAAGACUCCAGUCACUUAAGGCUUAAGUUAACCCAUCCCUCCAGUUGCGGCCUUGUCCGAUUAUUUUCCCACUCCAAAGCUCACCAGACACCAAACAACGAAGCUUCACAGGUUCAAUCUCUCUCCUUCCUUCAUUUUGAUUCCGCGCGAGUCCAAUUUUUUGGUGCGAUCCACUUGUUUCAACUUCCUAACUUGCGAGAAUUUUAGCGGAUACCCUCCGACGCUGGUUUCGUUCUCAUCUACCGCUAUUCGACGCUUCUUUUUGUGGGUCUUUGCUACAUACCAAAGCCCCUCCUCCCGAUUUGUUUUCAAGAUUUUGGUGUGCCUUUUCCCGGCUUAAUUUCAUCGGCGUCCUAGGCUUGUGAGUUCUGCGCCCGGUUUAGAUCGGCCAACAAACUUACCUGGAACCUUACCUUGUUUUUGUCCGUACAUUUUGAUUCUGCUAGAAUUGAUUAGCUUCGAAAGUAUCGUCACUCAGAAGUCCUUGAAUUGAAUUGGGUUCUUGCUAAUUUUGUUAAUUCUUUAGUUUUUGUUCAGGGCUCAAUUUUCACUUCGUGAAGUUGGGUUCUUUUUGUUGGUUUGGCAGGGGAUUGAUGCUUCUUGAAGGAAGGAUUUGAAAAUGAGUGGUAGGGGUUUGAUCUAUAGCUUUGUGGCCAGGGGAACUGUUGUGCUGGCGGAGCACACAUCUUACUCCGGGAACUUUAGCACCAUAGCUGUUCAGUGCUUACAGAAACUUCCUCCAAAUAGCAGCAAGUACACUUAUUCUUGUGACGGCCACACUUUUAAUUUCCUCAAGGACGAUGCAUUUGUGUUUCUUGUGGUUGCAGAUGAGACGGUGGGUAGGGCAGUGCCCUUUGUGUUUCUUGACCGUGUGAAGGACGAUUUCAAGCAGCGAUAUGCAGGAAAUAUAAAAAAUGAGGAACACCCUCUUGUUGAUGAUGAUGAUGACGACUUGUUCGAAGAUCGAUUUAGCAUUGCUUACAAUCUUGAUAGAGACUUUGGGCCAAGGCUUAAAGAGCACAUGCAGUACUGCAUAGAACAUCCUGAAGAGAUCAGUAAGCUGUCCAAACUGAAAGCUCAAAUCACUGAGGUCAAGGGAAUUAUGAUGGACAACAUUGAGAAGGUGUUGGAUCGUGGAGAGAGGAUCGAGCUCCUGGUUGAUAAAACAGAGAAUCUGCAGUUUCAGGCGGACAGCUUCCAAAGGCAAGGAAGGCAGUUGCGGCGGAAGAUGUGGUUGCAGAAUCUCCAAAUGAAGUUGAUGAUCUUGGGUGGAAUACUCAUCCUAGUUGUAAUACUGUGGCUCCUCACUUGCCGUGGUUUCAAAUGUUAGUGGUUACCCAGCGAAACUGUAGAUGUACUCACUGUAAUCUUUCUUUGAUACUUCAAUGUUACUCUGUUUUUUCUCUGUACUUUCAUUUUUACCUCUUCUGCUUCAGUUUUUCCAUUUUCUGUAAAAAGUUAAAACUAAAGAAUUGAUUGACAAGACUAGCUUCUACCUGACUACAGACGUAAAACAAUCGCAUGCAUCGAACAACUUUCUAUUUUGGAACUUGACAAGGUAAUCGAAACGCUUCGAUCUCCAUAAUCGUAUAUGUAUAAACUGCUAUUGAAUGGGGUCACCAUGUAAAUGGUGUUCCUCUUGAAUCCCGAUUUGCUAGCGUAACAUCCGAACCCACCCGAACCGAAGAAAUUCAUAUCCGACCAGUUGAGGAAGAAGAUCUAUUUCCAAAGCAGCCUUGUUUCAAAGAGAAUUCCAUAUACUUUCUGUCGACACAACUUGUAAAACACACGACCACAUUUCACUUGGAAAGUUGUCUCUGGAUACCAGUACUUGAAAGAAAUUUAGUUUGAAUUGAACUGCAGAUUGAGAUUACGCCCUUGUUUGAGCAACAGUUAACGCAAAGGCCAGAUUGCUAAUGGUGGAUGGAUCAUAUCAAGUUGCAGUUGCAAACCUCGAAGUAAAGGCCGGAUCGCUAAUGGUGGAUGGAUCAGAUCAAGUUGCAGUUGCAAAUCUUUUCGAUAACACUUGCUACGUCAUGUGGGAUUGGUCAUCAGCUGGUCUUAUAAGUAAUGAAAUGCCUGGUUUUUUAGACUGGUUAGAGUACAAGGUUCAGUUGCCUGGUGUUUCACUUUUAUUGUAUGAGUUGUACUGUUCACAAAUAAAACAAGUUACCGCCGUGAUCCAUAGAUUUGGUUGGCGCGUUAAAAUAAUCUCAUUUUGUGGUGAUCGAGAAACAUCAUUUGACAUAUAUCGAACUUAGAGGGAUCGAGCAACAAGUACACGCUUAGUUCAUAACAAGGUAACCGGGUUGAUAUUUCUCAGAUACAUCGGUAAGUUCGAAGCACUCAAGACUGACCGGAACUGCUAGUGUUGCAAACCGACUACCAACAUUAGAAUAGAAGGUCCACAGGACGAAAACAAAGCACUACAUACACAAAAAGAUCACAACCCUAGACCGGAGAUUGGCACGCUCCGGCUCUUAUUCUCCAUUCAACUUAUUUCUGCAUCGGCAGCAUAGCUCUGACAUUCAUCAACUCCGGUUGACAGUUUCAGAUUUCAUUUCUGCAACAAACAAAAGUUAUUGUAGUGAGGGAGUAGUUAGUACCUGAAAACCUUCCAAGCUUGGAGGAGCUCUUGGAAAAUUUCUGAAAAUGAUGGAUACAGAACAUCCCCACUACACAGUCUAUACUUCCUUUAUUAGGAUGAUGUCUCACAACUUGAAGCAUGGCAAAUGGCCAUGGAGAACCUAACCCCUUCCUGAUCCCACAUUAUCUAAAGAUCAACCACGUCUGUAUUUGCUCAUAGAUUUGACGAAAUAACUCGCUGUCAUGUUGGUAAUAGGGAAAAUGUUCUUAUUUGCAUUUCAGUCACGGAAUCAGUUUCACUGUUCAGUUUAUCCACAAACAGUCUCCCUGCUACGGAGACAAUACAGUAGCAGCACUUCCAAAGUGAAAAGGAUGUACUACUGAUGUAAGUGCUCCAACGUUUGUAUACCAAAAUUAAGCAUCAGUCUAUCAUGCUUUUGCUAUAUAUAUACAAAGUAUAUGAAACGACGAGUUCAGUCAGACAAUCAGAAAAGAUAGUUCAAGCUGAAUUAUUCGAGCACCAUAUAGUUGGCACUCCAAGAUUCAAGAAAAAGAUUCUUAUCACAUACUUGCUCACUAGUGAAGAUGGAAUCUAGAGACAGGCUUGCAAACUACCAUAGCCUUUCCCUUUCAAGCUCAGGGAUAUGAGAAAUCUCUCUCUAUAAAGUCUUAAUUCAAAACUAAUAAUAUGCAGCCUAUUACGGUAGAAGAAAACUUUGGAACCAGA